AAAAUCGGCUAAAACAUAUUAAGGGUAGGAUAGUAAAUUUCUCUGCACUGUUAAAUUUCUAACGGUCGACUAUUAAGAAAAGGGGGUGUUUUGUAUUUUUCGUUAGUGUAGGGGGGGUAAAUUAAAAUAAAAAGUUGGUGGGUGGGUGGGUGUGUGUGUAAAUAUAUAUAGUUACGAACAGAACGCAAAAAGAGAAGACUCCGAGCGGUUACAUUCAAAAUAUAUAUAUAUGAUAUUUCUUCUCACUCAUCGAUAUAUUAGCAUAAUUACAACUGUGUCUCUUCUCGAUCAGAUUAAAUAACCACAACUCUCCAAGAAAAUCAACAACAAAUUAAUUAAUUAGUUUCAAGAAAAUGGCUGAAAAAGGAGGUGGUGCUCAUAAUCCAGGCUCGUCGAGGAAGAAGGAUACAGCUGGCAAAGCAAAGAUUGACGAACGCAGAAAGAUAGACGACUCUGAUUAUUAUGUAUAUGCUCAAUUCAAGGUUCCCAGGAGUAAUCCAAGAAUCCCAUGUUCCAGUGAGGGAGUGAAGGAGGAACUGUUUACAGUGGAGCUAACUGCAGCUGACGUGGAUAAGAUGCUAAACCUGACUCAAUUACAGGCAGACAUGCUUAUGGAUGAAUAUUCGAGACCCGUACUCGACUCUUUAAUCACCUUUGCGAUGGGUAUCGAUUUGUUCGAUGAACACGACCAGAAAUAUCCUAUGAUAUUAGGAAAGCAACCGAAUCCCGUCGGAGGUGCAUUCCACUACCUUUGUCGAGGCUGGUUUAUCGUCGGUAAGAAACGCAAACUGAAAGCCGGAGACGUAGUCAAGUUUUACAAACUUGCAUCAGUGGGACGUACUUUUGUUAAAGGCCGUGCGUCGUUCUUUAUUAAUAUCAACAAACCUGAUGCAGAAGAAGCUCGAUAAAGAACCGAGAGACGACGAUCAAGAUAAUUUCGAGAGAAACCGAUAUGCAGGUUGAAGAAAAAGGAACAAA